AUGGCUCCAGCUAUCAAGUUGUACACCAACCAUAGAUGCCCCUGGGCACACAGGGCACACAUUGUCCUAGCAGAACUAGGGCUUCAGUACGAAGAGGAGAUCAUCGACCUGGAUACCCCUCGUACACCGGCGUACCUAAGAGUCAAUCCUCGGGGCUUGGUCCCGUCGCUAUCCUUUGACGGUGAGGUUAUUACCGAGUCUGCUAUUGUAGCGCAGUUUCUCGCCGACACCUAUCCGUCGACCCUGGUGCCAUCAACGGCGGAUGCUGGCGGACCGCUCACUCGCGCAAGAAUUGCCUUCUUCGUAGACGCCUGGUUCUCCAAGGUCAACGGCCUCUACACCAAGAGUCUGUAUGCUUACUCGGUCGAAGAGUCCGAGACCUUCGCCAAGGAUGUCGUAGCCGCCAUCAUCAAGGAGGUUGAGCCCCUGCUCGCCAACGCGGGCCCCUUUUUUGGCGGCAGCGAGAAGCUUACGCUGGCCGAGGCACUGACUGGGCCAUUUGUUCUACGGCUCUUCACAUUCGCCAAGCACGGCCUCCUGCCGGAGAGUCUCUCCAAGUCGCUCGAGCAGUCGGCGCCCAAUUUCCACAAGUGGGGACAAGCCGUCAGCCAGCAUCCCAGUGUUCUCUCCAUCUUCAAGGAGGAUGUCAUCGUGGGGACGGCCCAGAAGAGAAUCGCCAAAAUUAGGGGCCAAACAUGA